ACCCACGUACAUACUCACCCAUCAGUGGUUGGCCGUAUAAUGCCGCAGGAUUCGCUGUUUUUGUACGCUGCUACUGUCGUGAGAAAUUUAAAAAUUUUAGGUUAUGCAUUUGAAGCACACAAUGUUCCUAAAGACGCUGCAUCUUUUUCAUCGUUUUUUAAAGUCUGUCGGAAGGCGGAGUUCAUCCAUAUGCUUCAUUUUUUGUUCCAAACUCUAGACCCAUUGAAAUAUGAGGCUGAUAAGCUUAGUUUUCUUGUAGGACCAAAGUCAGAAGUGAAAUUCAAGAAUGCUAUCUACCGUUGGCUGCGUAUACUAUCAGCGGAGUAUCCCAAAAUUGUUUCUAAUUUCUUCGCUGUUUGGGGCUAUCCAGCUGGAUCUGCAGUCUUGCGUUUUCUAGCGAAUUUGUCUACUUAUGUCUUAUGUGUUACAAAUAAUCUAACAUCAUGUAGCAGUCAGUGCACUGAGACAACCAGGGAAUCGGAUGAAUUAAGGCAUAAAUUUUUUGUGGACUCAUGUCGCUGUAUCCUUUCUGAGACAAAACUUCGAGAGCGACUUAAAGAGUUUCGCUGUACUCUUCAUACUGAAGUUCAUGAUAAAUUAAAAGAACUUACACAGUGCAAACAACGAAUCCUGUUAGAUGACAGUAUACAGAAACAACUAAGUGCCGAUUGUCAUUCUCUCUGUUCUGACGAAACCAUCGACCUUCCAGAGGAACUGAUUACUUAUCAAAUUCAACUGAAAAAGAAGGUGACAUCUCUUAGACAACAACUCACAGAACAUCUCAAAAACCAUGCUCCCUCUUUACUGCUGUUAAGUAAUAUUGUUGAGGAAUUGGAUGAAAAAGAACCAUGUAUUCAAGACGGUGAUAAUUUGAAGAUGCCAUGUGCAGGUUUAGAAAAUUUUACUAGUAAUGGAAUGGCCGAGUUGAAACAAGACGAGAAUGGCAAAUUAAAUCUUCGCCUAUUUCUACGUCAUGCAAUUGAACUUUUCCAGUUGGCUGUACAAUCCUAUACUCCGUUGUUUAUCAAUGAUACAUCGAAUAAGAAUGGAGAAACUGUAUUCAAACAAACUGUUGAACGGAUCUUCUCUCAGUUAUCUGUGUUGAAAAAAUAUUCCUAUCAGACUAUCGGUUCGUCAUCAUCUUCACUGGAAGUAACUUUACAAUCACCAUCUACAGAUUUAACCCAAUUAGACCAACCUGAUGAUAAGGAACUUGCUCAACUUAUGAAGAAAAUGCAGGAUUCCAUCAAUAACUUAUAUGCAGAUCUACAGAAUGAAUGGCUUCAAGGAUCCUAUAGACAAUUAAGUCUUCGCCAGAUUGAAAUGACUGAUUCCAAGUCUUCGCGUCCCUGUCUACCUGAUCAUCAAUCAUCAAAUAAGAAUUCAAACAGUAUGAAGGAUAAGAUCUAUGAAAGUUUUGAUAAAUUUCUGGAGGAUUCUCAAGAUGAGUCAAAUGGUAGUGAGGGUGGUAGUGCAUCGACAUCAUCGAUUUCAAUUGGCCUUUCAGACAGUGUUCACAUGAGUCAAAUAUCACCAGGAAAAUCAUUAGACGGGAGUAUUUGUCAAUCAGAUUCACGUAUGAAUUCUACUUGUACCUCACCAAUGGAAUCUUCAUCAUCCUCAUCAGCAGGGGAUAAUAAUGACUCAAAUGCUGCAUCAAACAAUGACAACAGUAUGAAUAAUACUAUCUCAAUUGACAGUGAUAAUAAUAAUAAUAAUAAUAGUGAGGAGAAUAAUACAACUGUAAAUGUGUCCUUAUCUCCUGAAGAGCAUUCAUUCUAUACAACCCCAAAGUAUUUUAACUCUUCUCCCUCUUCUUCUUCUACUUCUUCGUUCGAACAACAGGAAGUGGAAAAUGAUUUACAAAAGUUAAGCAUAAAUCCAACAGAUACCAUUCAUUCAAAGCCGCCACCUCAACUGUCUUCAUCUUUCCAAAAUCUUCCCGAUAUAAGUGAAGAAACUUGGAAAUUUUCAUUCCCCACAACUAAACCGUCGUCUUCUAGUCAAUCAAAUGAAAAAGGUCAUUGUGUUUUAAAAGACUUCUCUAAUAUAUCAAAUUGUCUGUUGUUAUCUGUCCCUCAAAAAGUAUCUAGAAAAUCUUCGUCUAAUCAAUUAAAAACUAGUUUUAAUCUAAUGGAUGACGAUUUAGACUUUGUCAAUGAUCUCCUUCCAUCAUCUCCAAAUUAAAUCUGUGCUGUACAAGUACACUAAAAGCAUGUUAUUUAAUGUAUUGAUGAUUUUGGAAUUUAUUACUAUUAUUAUUAAUAUUACUACUUUGAUAAAUAUAUAUAUACUAAGUAACAUUGGUGUUCAGUGUUAUGAUGGAGUGAUACUGGGUAGUGGCAGGUUUGUGUAGCAUGACCCGACAUUAUGGUCAGCAGGGCACUGACCCAUACUGAGAUUAACGCAACCGGAAUGACCCUCUUUAUUUGACAAAAUAUAUGGUAUGUAUAUUGUAUUUACGAAUUUCUCAGAAAUUUAAGCCAUAAAUAUAUAAACAAACAAAUCUGAUUGGUUGUUGAACGUCGUCGGAAUGUGUGAUACACUUGUGAUAUCACAGAUAUAUGGAAAAUUCUACUGCCCAUACAACAAAUAGGAGAAGACAGAGAAAACUAUAAAAAUCAAAUCUCGAGGUCGUGUGACAAAAAUUGAUAUGAUUAUGAACAAUAAAUUGUGUUCGAAACGUCAUCCAGUAUACAAUACUGUUUCACUGUGUGAUACAUUUAAUAAUCAAACUAAUUACUUAAUACCACAGUGCCCAAGUUUUACACAUAUAUUGAAAUGCAAUUAACAUAUUUGUGAUUAUAAUCAUAGUUUAAUGUCAAGUGGCAAAAUAAUUAAUGUCAUAUAUAGAAUAAUACAUAAGGUAUAUAGAUUUUGGAAAGGUAUACAUAAUUAUAAGAUUAGUAGACGAAUAUAAAAUGUUGCAUAACAUGGUGUGAAAUUUGAUAAGAUAGAAUUAAAUAUUGUAAAAAUAAAAAUAAAAAAAAUUUAAUAAUCAAACUAAUAUGGAAUUAAAAAUAAAAAGUAUAGAAAUUAAUCAUUUUUGGUUUAAAAUGACAAGUGGGUCAAGUGGAAAAGAUUCAGAGUGAGAAUAGUAAUAAUAAAAAUAAUCGUAGUAAUAAGGGAAAGGUACAUAGAAAUAACUAAAUAAGCCAAAUAAAUAAAUGUCUAUCCCUCUACGGCCAAGGCAGAAGUAAGGAUUGUACGUACUUCUUUUGUACACAAAGGUCUGGCUUAAAGUCAUGAAUUGCCAUGGCCUCAGCUGUCUUUAGAAGUCUGUAAUGAAGAAAACGCGGGAAGUUAGCAUGGAUUCUGUAUAUGAUCUUGAAAUUGGGGUCAGGGUUGACCAAGUGACAGAAGUCGAUCAGGUGUUCCAGAAUAGAGCUUCGCACACACUUCCUUUCUCCCUUGUAAAACCAUGCUGGAAUAUGUUCUCGUAUCCGUGUGGAGAGCGUCCUCUGACUACGGCCAAUGUGUACCUUGCUCCACAAGAGCAGGUGAACUGAUAGAUGCACAUGGAGGCGGUCAGAUGAGGGAGCUUAUCUUGACCUUGACGGCAUUUGCUCGGUUUCGUUGAUUUGAUUUGGAGCUAGUCGUCCAGGCAUACGCAAAAGACGCGAUUUCGGUGCUUAUUUUGCUUUUGUUGGAUGAAUUUAUAUGAAAAUUGUUGUUCGAUAUUGUUCUUGAGCAUUCAGUGAUUGCUUGUGUGACAGGACGCUUAAAUACAUGGUUCAUGCAAUGAUUUUUUGGCAUACCAAGUAAGCAUCGCUUAUAUUUCGACGACUGUCAUUCGAUAAACUUCUUUGCAGCUUGACGGAAACCUGUACUCGAUCGCAAAUUUCCAUGUCACCUAUUGUGCAGCAGCUAUUACUGUCGCAGGAACCGAAUAAUAUGGUCGAUAUCGAAUUUGUGCAUCCUUCUGCACUUUUGCGUGGUGUUUUGAUAACUGAAAGUCAAUGGAAUGCGUAGAUACAAGCGAAAAUUAAUGUUCCUAAAUGGGCAGAAACUUCAAUGUUUUACGAUCACCUAUAACUUUCGCUGUUUUCUGCCAAAGUUUUUAAAUGCAACAUUUUAGUCAUUUGGUGGGUUUGAAUACCAUUCUCGUGAUCAGGUACGUAAAGACAUCUUGGGUAUAUGUCAUUUCGCCCCAUUAUAGAGUUUGGUUUCAUAAACUUCCGAUUUUUGUUAUUGUCCUGGCGCCAUAUUAUAUGCGUUUUUUCGAAGUUAAUUCUCAAAAUUAUUGUGAAACCGCGUAGAAGUAUUGUCCGACAUCUCUUCAAUCCAUGGACCGAAGGUAUGAAAGUGUUUGCUGUAUCCAUUUAGGGAGGGCUCGUCGAUUUCUGCAAGUAAAGGCUACGUAUCAUGUUCCUAAAUGCCUCCAGAAGCGAAUGUAAUCUUCAGAAGCUAUUAAUGGCAAGAACAGGAAACCCAGCUCCUCUAUUGCGAAACGUCUUACAGAGACAGGAUAUAGAAAUGACGUUGGUACAUUUUUAGACCUAUCUGUAAAACGUGUUUGGAUCGCAUCCUAAAGUUUGUGGAAGCCCAAGUGUGAUUAAGAAGUUUAAACCGCCUUUGUGAGUUCCAAAAUUAUUCGUCAUCACACGAAACCUUCUUUGUUAAACUUCGUUUUGAUACCAGUCAGGGUAGAUGUAUUAAUGCCUCUGAUAUUUGGUUUAGUGAGCUUCAUUGUUAUUUUGGCCUUUAAUAUGCGAUUUUAAUUCCACCCAAAUUUAUGUCUAACCCCCUAACUGUAUUAAUUUCAUAUGUAUUCCCAUGACAAGUCCAUGCGUAAGCAGAUUGUCCAAAAGAAGUUGCACAAGUACAACACUACACGAUUCAGACAAAUUACGUCUUAUUACUUCGCCUAAAUUUCCACUUGUGUCAAAAAUAGUGACUGAUGUAAUCGCGCAUUGGUAUAAACUUCCAUUAAUUCUUACUGUGCUCUCGUUAAUAUUAUAUUGGUAGUUAUAUUCAUGUAUACAUCCUGUGAACCAUUGUUUUCUUUUUUAGGUAAUCUGUAGUUCCAGUGACCUCGUGGGAUUCGUUGCUAAAGAAAGCGGUUUUCAGUACCGUUGAUUUUGUAUUUUGUGUUGAAUCACUAACAAAUGUAUUCUCUAUACCCUAGAUAAACAUUCUACUUGUUAAUAGUCACAACUAACUUCAUAGAAUGUUUUGAGCUACAGAGUUAGGGUCAUGCGUUGUAUUGGGUAAUGAAUUUAGAAAAAACGUCCGCCCCUGAGGUAUAUUGUCGUGAAUACGGAGUACAUUCUCAUUCUCGUGAUAAAUCUGUUAGCAGUAAUUAUUAUCAGUACCUAUAUUUCGUAAGGAUGGUAUAUAACAAAACGUACUAAUUCAGUAGUCAGAGGUUAGAACUAUCGGUUAAAAUCGAAACAGGUGCUCAUGUAAGGGAAAAUUGAUUAAUUGAAAGUUAAAACAUCACGUAAGUGAUAUAGUUUAUAGCAUCGUUUACAUGCGAAUAGUUAAGGUUAUUUAUUUAGAAAUGAUGGUAACUUGUUGUUGGUUUAAGCGAUCUUUUGUUUGAUAGGAAAUAGGUGGGACAUUAUAACUGAAAAACAGUAUAACUGGACAAGCAACAUCUACUGGCCAUUAUACACAUAUUUUGAAGUAAAACACAAUCGGGCAGAUUAUCUCGAAGACAGGAGUAGAGCACUCUUCUGAAACUAUUAGUUUAGUGAGUAACUAAAUUUGUCUUUGAAUUAAGACUGAAAGUAAACGGCAUAUUGGUAGGCUAAAUGAUUAUCAUUAUUCGGUUUCGUCAGAAUAAGUAUCCGACUACUGUUUCACUCAUCAUUCUGUCCUUUGAAUAACUUAGUAACAUGGUGUUUACUUUCGGAUCCAAAUUACUAAGUUAAGGUUAAUAUCAGGAAGGAGGGUGGCGUUAGCUGAUCAGUAGAUAUGGUGGGGGUCACUAAGGUGAAUCGCCCCAUUCUGCAGGAACAGCAAUAUACAAAUUAAAGGCUC